AUGGGGGUGAAAUUCUUUCCAAAGACUGUCAUUCUGUUGCUCUUUACGCUGGUCGCCAUAACCUGUUUGAUUCUGACAAUUGAGCCGGAGAACAUCAAGACUGUUCUGUCGGUCAGGUUCCACGACUAUAGUAUCCACUACCGCCUGGAACCAUUCCGGCCGCUACUGGGGGAAGGUAUCUUCAGUGCAGACGGCGAGCACUGGCCUGCGUCUCGCGCUCUGAUCAGACCAAGCUUUACACGAGACCAAGUCGCGGAUUUGAGGGAGCUGGAGAAGUUGGUGGGGGAUCUUCUUGCUUUACUCCCGAGAGAUGGGAUGACUAUUGUCGACCUGCAGGAAUUGUUUUUCAGGUAUACGAUCGAUUCUGCGACGUCCUUCCUGUUUGGACAGUCUGUCGGUAGUUUGAAGAAGGCCUACGAAGAAACUGAAUUUGCAGAGGCCUUUCAUUAUGCCCAAGAGGCAGUACUCACCCGAGCAACAACAGGGCCCCUCAAUCUUUUCUACCGUGAUCGAAAGGCCGAUGAAUGCAAUCGCAUCUGUCGGAACUUUGCUCAGCAGUUUGUCGAUGACGCAGUUCAGGCCGUUCCGUUCAAACAGGGUGCCGAAGACACGGUCAAUGCACAACCAGAUACAGACACAAAGCACCAGAAACACAUCUUCUCCCACGAGCUCGCCUCGAGGACAUCUGACAAACAACGCAUUCUGGACGAGCUUAUGAACGUACUCCUAGCAGGACGAGACACUACCGCUUGCUUACUGAGCAACCUCUUCUUUGUUCUCGCCAGGAGUCCGGUGAUAUGGCAGAAGCUGCGAGCCGAAAUUUCUGUUCUUCAAGGUCGGCCACCGACUUACAAUGAGCUUCGGGCUCUCAAGUAUGUUCGAAACUGUGUCAAUGAGUGUAACUCUCCGUCUCACCCGCCUGUUCCCCGAAACGAGCGAAUGGCCAUGCGGGAUACUGUCCUGCCUUUGGGCGGGGGUAAAGACGGCCUCUCUCCUGCGUUUGUACCCAAAGGCACUGUCGUCAGCUGGAAUGUCUAUGCAAUGCAUCGUCGUACAUCCAUCUACGGCGCAGAUGCAGAGGCAUUUCGCCCGGAGCGCUGGGAGGACGGUAAGCUUCGGCCACACUGGGGGUUUUUACCAUUUAGUGGCGGGCCAAGGGUUUGUAUAGGACAGCAGUACGCUUUGACUGAAGCAAGCUACGUCCUUGUCCGAAUGGUGCAGAACCUGGCGGCCAUAGAGACGGCUGAUCCACACCCUUGGGAGGAAUCAUUGACCCUGACACUCUGUUCAAGGAAUGGCGUCAAGGUUCGCCUGUUUCCUGCCUGA